AUGUGUGUGAUCGCUCACCAAGGAGUCAGCGGUCACCGUAGCAUUGCAGCGACGACCAAGUCGGUGUCCGACAAGUUUGUGUGGGAGUCGCUCUCCACGGAUAUCGAAGCGUUCGUGCGGACCUGUUUGCACGGCCUGUGCAUUGACGGAGAAAGCAUUCCCCGUCCAUUGGGUUCCGUGCUUCACGCUGACAAGCCAUCGAGCUUACAGCACGUCGGUCAGAACCAGGUGAGCUCCAUUGAUGCUGGCAAGGCGGACCUAGCCCAUCUGUGUGAUGUGCAUCCGAUAUCCGUCAGCCACAACGACUGA